AUCAUAGUUAUAAUGACUGCACUUGCCCCAACUCCAAAAGAUAUCACCUCAACAAUGUCUACAAUCUAAAUUGUUUAUUAAAAAGGUGAAAAAUGAAAGAAAAGAAACACGUUGUUCUAAGAACAUUUUCAAUAUACGGAAUUAUUCUAGCUCAGAGUCUUUACACUAUCUUGCCAUCAUAUGCCUUAAUUGAAUUACAAAACUAUACUAAUUCAACAUUAUCAUCUAUUACCAAUGUAAUUACUAUAAAAUCAUUUGGAGGAAUUACUGGGAGUGUUCUAGCUGGAUAUCUUCUGGAAACUGUUGAUCCAUACUUUUUUAUGUCUAUAUCUGGAAUAAUUGCAACUAUUUUUCAAGUAAUAGGAGUAUAUUUUCAUCAAGUUGUGUGGAUGGCCAUAUUUUUACACAUUAGCUGGAUGGCCUCGUCAGUGAUAUUCAUUGCAGCUAAUAUAGAAGUUUUAAGAGAAUGGGAUAAAGAGGCCGCAAAAUGGUUACAAGGUCUCUACGUAGCCUUCGGUAUUGGUAUUACUUUAGCUCCAAUUAUCAUUCAACCUUUCCUAGCAAAAGAUAUUGGACCCGAAAAUGUUCAAAUUCAAUACUCUUUCUUAAUAAAUGAGAAAACAACUUGGGUAGCAGCUACUGCAUUUGGUUUAGGUGUUAGGAAAUCUUUAGGCUGUAUUUUCCAUUUAAGUGGACAAGUUGGAGUCAUAGUUUUGCCUCAAGUAACAGCAGAUGUAAUGGAACUUGAAGGUUAUCAGUGGAUGCCUAUUUUGAUCUAUGGAUUAGAAGAAAUUGAUUAUUCUUCCUUGGAAAAAGAAGAAGAGGAAAAAUCCGAAGAUAAAAUCAGUUUCGCUAAGGAUAUUAAUAAAGUUAUUUUGAACAAUAACAAAUCUGAAUUUACGCCAAUAAUUUCAAAUUAUAAGAAAAUUUCUUAUGAUGUGAUCCAAACUAUAAUAAAUCAUUAA